AUGGCUGCCGAAGAAACAAACCCGAAACUGCCCCAAGGCGAGCGGACUGAAAACCUCGGAUUUGCCAAGAGAUUGAGCAAGAGGCUGUCUAUGAGCCAUGGAAGCAAAGGAGAGUCUGGCCAGGGAGGAAAUCGCAGCGAGAUUCUUGAACGAAGCUCCUCGAUCCGGGAUGAAAUGAGCCACGGAAAUCUCAGCGGUGCCAAAGAGGUCAUCACCCAGGGCCAAUCCACCAAGAAGCAAUCGAGCCAAGGUGAUGCUGGAGGAGCAUCGAGUAGUACAGCAAACAACAAAGAAAAUACCAACGAGAAAAACCUACAGCAAGCUGGCCAAGAGAUCAGCAAGGGCGGCAUUGGACAAGACAGCACCGGAAAGGCCUCCACUGGAGAGUCGAAUAUCGAGCAGAGAAAUACACACUCCGAGCGACCAGAAACCCAACCAGCGAAACAAGGAAUCGACAAUAGCGAGAAAAAUGACCGCAGCAAACAAAACACCGAGUCGACCGAGAAAACCACAGAGAACAAGGCCGAAGAAAAAGGAAAUAAAAAAGCAGACCGCAGAGGCAGUGUGGCAGCUGGUGUCCUCGAGCCCAACUACGACAUUCGCAAAGGGCCCAUCACUGUUCCUGGAACAUUCCAAGAGAAAAACUAUCACAACAAGGAUGGCAGAGAAACGAUCAUUCAGAAAGGGAUCAACAGCAAAGCUCUAUCGGAAGCAAGAACCGAAGCCACCAAGGAUACCGGCGCCGAUGCCACCGAAGCAAACGCAGCACAGAAAGACUUUUCAAACACAGACCCUGGUGGGAAGAAAGAAACCCCAUCAGACCAAGCUAAGUCUGGAACUGCGGUUGCUGGAGGUGGCUACAGUGACAGUUUCAUUGAGAAUGAGCUCCAUGACCAAAAGGAGAUCAGCCCUGAUGUCUUUGACGACGGCACUGGUGGGAAAGAUGUCUCUCAGGAGUCCACAGGUCCAGAUUCGUCCGGAAAAUACCAUCUCGACAAAGCUCAUCUCGAUAGACAAGGCUCUUUGACUUCCCAACAAGUAGGCGAAGGCGCUGCUGCUGCUGCUGCUCUCACAGGAGGCUACGGCGCAAGCAAGGGUGCUACGGGCAAGACUUCACAAGUUCGAAGCCUGACAACAAAACAGACCUCGACUGCUAGAUCAGGCGCAGCAACGACCCAAGACUAUGCAUCCACAAGCCCAAAGAGUGGAGGUAUUGCCGCUGUGGGUGGAUAUGACCGUGCGCACGCACGAGGAUUGGCAAAGAAAUAUCCGUCCUACGCCCACGCAGCCAGCAGCCAGAGUAGCCUCUCUGAUAGCGCCGCAAAGGCCUCGGGUAGCUCAACCCCAAGGGGACUCGAUGAGUCUGGCGAUUAUCGACCCACCACCACAAGCGCUGCAAACGAGAAGAUGUCUAGCGGUGCAUCCAAAUCGAACAAAGCAAUUUUUGUAGGUGAAGGAAGCCGCGGAAUGCAGCAGACCACCGGCUAUGGAGCCACCGGCACUGGUCUCAGUGGCUCGAGCCAAGCGGGCCUCGCCAGCGCAGGCCUUCUACAAGGGGGUACCUCAGGGGCACUGAACAACACCCAAAGCAGCUCAAACAACGCAGGUAUUGUGGGUGGAGGUAUUCGACAAGCCAGUGCUUCUGGUACCACUAGCAAAGGUGGCUUCGAUAACGGAAAGGCUGGCUUUGGGGACGCUCAAUCUUCGGGCUCCAAAUCCAACGUUGUCAAUGGAAUUACCACCAAGCGCACUGUCAGGCAGCUGAGCAGUGGUGGUUAUAAGCUCACUGUUCUCCAAGAGAAGGUUCAGGCCGUGUCUCAAAAGUGCAAGGCUCAGCUGGGCUUGUCUUCUAGUGAGAUAAGUAAGCGUAGCACCAACGUUGAUGCCUUUUUCGAUGCUGUCGCUUCCGAGCGUCUUCGCUGGAUGCCUCGUGAUGGCAGCAGACUAGACUGCAGCUUGCGAUGGGCCUCGAGACUGGCCUAUGCCGUUGAUGCUCUCCGUCAAUCCGUCGGAGGAUUCGCACCUGCUGCUACCGAGGCCGCGACGCUCAUCUGGGGAUUUGCUAUCCUUCUAUUAGAGUCUGACAUAGACAACACGGAUGUCUUCGAGAGCGUCUUUGGCCGCUACGGUCGUGUCGCCGUUGGCAUAUAUCUGCUCUUGCAGUAUGAGACUGCCUACAAAGCAUCCCCUGAGUUGCAGCCAGAGGUUGCGGCAGUCUUUGCCGACUUACUCGAGAUGGUGUGUAGCACUACUACAAGUUGCGUCGAGGGCCUGAAGAGUAAAGAAUCCGAUCAAGUCAUUGGUCAUAACGUCGAUUCCGCCUUUGUGACUUACGCCAAGCGCUUUUCAACUCAUUGGAACACCAUCGUCGAUGCCCACACAUCCAAGAUUGUGGAGGGUAGCUCGUUGAUUUAUUCAUCGCCCGAGCUUGGUAGCCUGCGUCAAUUCCUCGGCGUUCAAGACCGCCCUCUUCAGUUCAUCCUGGACUCCCGCGCCCACUCUAUCGCCGACGGAUCGUUCGAGUGGUUCAACAACACGCUCUACGACUUCACUGUCUCAAGCUCCCCUGCGAUGGUGAUUACAGGUGGUCCCGGUUCUGGAAAGAGUGCAUUGGCUCAAUGGACAGUUGAAAGACUGCAAGAGUCAGCGGAGCACGACAGCUGGAACGUAGUUCCUUACAACAUCCGGGCCGAUAUUCCCGUCGCCACAUUGCCUUUGCGAAUCCUGAAGGGUGUUUUGCAUCAGAUGUUGGACCACUCUGUGAGCGACAAGGUCACUCAAGAGGCUGUUCUCGUCGAGGUUGCCCAGGCCGCACAAGGAGCAAUUGAUGGGGCUGGAGAUGAUGCAGUCGAAGAAUCUCUUUGGAAGGGUAUCCGCGCUGGUCUUUCAUCAAACAUUCAAUACAUGUUUGUGGUUGAUGGAAUUGAUCAGAUCAAGGGCGGAGAUACAGACGCCAUGGCAUGCCUUGACCACUUCUGCGAUCUACUAUCCCAACAAAAUGCUGGGUCCAAGAUGAUUGCUUUUACUCGACCACUCAGCACGAAGUCGCAUUCCAAGGGUAUUCAACAAUUCGUCAUCCAGCCUGCGCAAACCAAGACAGAUCUUACGUCUUACGUCAACAAGUUACUUUCGUCUAGUGCGAGCUUUGACACACAAAAGGGCAAUCAGUUCAAGGCUGCGGUAUCUGCUAUCGUUGGUCGUUCUCAAGGCUCGUUCAGCUGGGCUGAAAUGGCGGUUGCUUAUGCCAAGCAGCAGAAGACGCUGAACCAAGCCGUUUCGUCUGUGCAAGGCUUGCCACAAAACAUGCCGGAGCUCCUCGACUUCCAUUCCAAAAAUCUUGACCUCAGCCAGCAGGGAACGAUCAGCAUUGUUUCGUGGCUCGCUGCAGCCGAGAGACCCUUGCUUGUGGAAGAGAUUGAACAUCUGCUCAACGUGGACCCUCAGGGGCCCAGCUACCUCUCAAAGUAUCCGAAGGAUAGCUAUGACACUUUGAAUGCACUGAGUCCUCUGGUCAUGACCCGCGACGGAGUCGUGUCUUUUGCACACACCUGCAUUCGUGACCAUGUCAUCAAACAUGCCACGCAGAGCGAAGGAAAAGCCGAACUCAGCCUGAAGGAUGCGCACUACGACUUACUCACCAGAUCUUUGUCUUGUGUGCAACUGAGCGUGAGCGAAGAAGCCGAUGUAUCUCUUGACAAGCUAAGCAUGGAGGAGCGCAACAAGCUUUUCGACAAGUAUGUCGUUCUGGAAUACACCGCGCGCUAUUGGCUAUCGCAUCUCCUGUCCUCUCCUCUCGUCACCGAUGACGGAGAGUUCCAUUUCACUUCUGGCUUCAAGAAGCUCAUGCCUGCAACCGUUCUGUUUGCUCGCCUGGAGCUGACUUGCCGCGAGUCCCAAUUCUCUCGGUCUAGUGUGGUUGAGCUCUACAGACUUGCAAGUGAUAUCCGACGCUUGGUUCUCGGCGAGAAGUCUAUUGCCUUUUUGCAGAGUCUGGUCCUCAGCGCACGUGUGUCAAAGUUAGCACACGCCAGCCAUGCCGAUGAGCACUGCUAUGAGGCGUGGAAGCUGAGCCAAGAACUUCUUGGACAGUCACACGCCAUCACUCUGACCUGUGCCGAAAUGAUGACUCAGUCUUUCGCUGAACGAGGCACAAUGACAUCGCAGCAAGAAGACAUUAUGAAAUACCUUAUCUUGACUGAUUCUGAGAUCACUGGUGUUAGCUUCAGCCAGCGAUUGAAGUACCUUGGAAUGAUUGUCGGCAUGUACAAGUCUCGAGGCGACAACGGGUCAGGCCUCUUCAUCUCAAAGCACUUCUAUCAGCAGGUCCUUCAGAAGUACGGUACCAACUCGCACCAGUCAUCGGAGACUGCAGACUUCUUGACUGGUCAAUUCUCCACUACCGGAAGUGAUGAGAUGAGCCGCGACAUCGCCAGAACCAAGUAUGACAAUGUCGUUCGAACCAUGGAGGUCACAGAUGAGCGCCGCAUCAGUUACACUCUGUACAUGGCAGAGAUGUACGAGAAGAACAAUGACAUAGCUCAUGCGCAAGCUGUACUUUCAAGCCUCUGGGCAGGACUCAACUCACGCGACAUCGACUCUGUCGAUAUGAUGGACAAGAAGUCAAACGUUGCUCUUGUGUACUAUCAGUUCCUCCGCCGCCAGGGACGAAAUGAUGAGGCCGAGGUCAUCAUUCGGGAGCUGGUCGCUGAUCUCGAGGUGACGGGUAUUCAUUCCGCGGAAAUGAUGCAGCGCGUGUCGCUUCUCAAAUCCGAGACCCGUGAGAUGCACAUGUACAGCCUUGAUCGCUCUUUGUCAGUGCUCAUGUGGCGUUACUACAAGGAAACCCACCAGGAGUACUCUGAGGAGUCGACAGCUUUGGCGCUAUCUAUCGCUCAGAGUAUGGCAAAUGCUGUCUCCAUUGAAGACGCAUCGUCACUCACUCUCCAAGACCGCAAGCUGCUGGUUGAACUGCUAGAUGUUAUCUCCGCUAGCUCGGCCAACCUGACCGUCACUACCUUGAUUAUGUGUCACAAUCUCUCUAGCAUCUAUGUGCGCGAGGCAGACUUUGCACAGGCCAGUGAAUGCUGCAUGGCCGUCAUGCAGCACAUUUGGCCAACAGUGGAACAAGAAAAGUCUUACAAGGAGUUUCCGCAUGAGCUUGCACCUCCUGCGGCAGACCUGGCUCUUGUUCUGGCUUACUGUCACUUCCGCAGGCUGCAUCUGGAGCAGGCUACGACAGUUUACCAGAAUGCCUUCGGCUCUUUGAUCGCCUCCGAUAGGGUUCCUGUUCCAUCUGUGCUGGCUGUUGCCAAGGCUGUUGUUGGAUUCUACGAGACUUCCUACCAAUUUACCAAGGCGCUCACUUUGCUCCACACUGUGAGCAACUUCUUGGCUUCUCGUCUUGGAGAAACUCACAAGCACACCAUUGAUAACAUGUACCUUGAGGCUGCUCUGGCGACUCGUUUGGAAAUGAACGGUGAAGCCAAGGGUACUUAUCAGCGCAUCUUCAAGGCUACUUCGCGGGAAAAAACUAUCACCCCCGAAGGCAUCGAAGCCGCGAUUGCACUGAUCGCUCUCUAUGAAGGAGAAAUGCAAUGGGAUUCUGCUCUGGAAGUCUACCGAGCUCUUUGGCCAACACUGGUUGUCGAGGACAACAAGGAGGAGUCUUAUGACCACACUCUUCUGGACCGGACUCUGGAAAAGACAUACAUUGGUUAUAUGUCUAUUCUGACCACCAGAAGAACCUCUCCAUUUUCAGAGCGCUGGCAGGUUGCUUCUGACUAUGUCAUGACAUGCCGCCACGUGCAUGGUGAGACUAGCCACAAGACAUUGAACGCUACUCUGCUCUUCGCCGAGCUGUGCGAGUCCAACGACCUGUAUAUGGACCAAGCCAUCACAUUGUACAAGCUUCCACUGCAGACCAACGAGUGGGUUGCCACCCCAGAGGCCUCAAAGGGUCUUGACCAGAUGACUGUUCCAUUGCCCAUCACGCUCAAGCACAAGUUGGCACAGCUGUUUGUUCGAAAGCAUGACUCGACUAGCGAAGCUCGCUCGCUAUACACCGAAGAGUUCCAGCUGGCUAAGAAGACACAAGGAUACUUCUCGACUACCACACUCUCUUGGCUGCGAGAGCUUGCUCUUGCGCAUUCUCGACAGGGCACUACUACUUCCGUCCAGCAAGGAAAUGCCAUACUGCACACCUUCUCUACUGAUGUCUUGCAUGCCGGUGGUGAUGCUGAUAUGAUUGGUGACUGGGCACGCAGAAUCGCCAGCAUCUAUCUUGAGUGUGGCUUUAUUGAAGGCGGCAACAAUGUGCUUGACGAACUUCGCCAACGCGUGGUCUACAGCCCCGAAGCUUCGGCCAUGGCCCUUGGUGACCGCCGCGAUGCUGUUUUCGUUGCUGCCUUCGAAGAAGUCUUCGGCAGACGUGCCAGCUAUGACCAAAUCAUGAAGGAGAUGUCAAGUGAGAUGGGAACCUACCAGACCUUCUCAAAGAACCUUUCUGGUCAUGACUUCGUUCCCACUCUCAUCUCUGGUCACGUUCUCUAUACUCUCCAGCAUGACCAGAAGCGGACUAGCGCUGCUAAUGACACCAAGGACAAGUUGUACGACUACUUCUGCUCCAACCUGUCUGCCACCAAUGUGGGUGACAAGGAAAUCGUCCAGCAGUUCUAUCAAAUUUGCCUUCGGGAGGUUCACCACGAGAACUACGCUACCAGUAUUCUCAACACGACCACAAAUUUGGUCCGUGAACUAUGCAACGCCUCCCGUUUCCAGGAGGCGGCGAUCCUGACGGGUGUCCUGCACUCCUUCCUGCAUCUGACUGAUGGCCUGAGCAAACACGACAACAUCAAGACCGCCACUCAGAUUUGCCUCUACCUAAGCGGUCACAAGGCAACCAAAUGCACCGACGAAAAGACCUACCACGGCAUGUCAGUGAAGUCUAAACUUCUUUUGCAAGACAUCAUGUCCUCUUCGAAGUCCAUGGGUAUCGAAAUGGUGGACCUGCCCUUCGGCGACUUGAACGACAUCAUCACCCUCCUAGGUGAAUACGAGAUGUUCGACGAGUUAGAAGGAAUCCUCUCCCAGCUCUGGACUUCCAGAAUCGUCCAACGCACCUGGACCCCCGACGUGGUCGUGUGGAUCGGGCGACGUCUUGUCGAAACACGCUUCUGUCGCGGCCACAUCGACUCUUCUAUCCAGCUGUGUCGCGACAUCUGCUACAAUCUGCGACAGGUUUGGGGAAGCUGUGAUCCCGUCACUUUGGAAAUGACGAAGCUUCUCUCUGGCCUCUUCACUGCCUCCGACAACCACCAGUCUGCAGCGGCUUUGCACGAGGGCAUUCUGUACGACUUGCUCGGUGACUCGGAUGCGAAGGGUCAUGAGCGUGCCGCGGACACUGCUUCUCAGCACAUGGAGCUGCUGCGUCGUGCGCAGGCCCGCUUGGGCGGCCAGACUUCAAAGAGGGCUUCGGCGCAUGCUGGUCUGUUCCAGUCUCUUGCUGAUCGCUUUGGUGUGCAGUCUGAGCAGAUUAAGAGUGUUGGAGAGGCGAAUGGCGGCGAACAAUUUGGUAUUUGGUCUAAGCCUCGACGAUUCAGUAUUGAUGUGGAAGAUUUGGAGGAAGAGGGUCAGGCCCACCACAACCAUUUGCGCGAGUCGAGCGGAGCUGGGUUGUAUGGCAGUGGUGCCCCGAGACGAAUUUCAGUCCAGGCUCUAUGA